ACUUAGUUCCUAGAGCUAAUAUAAACCACAUAUAGAAUAUGAACGAGGCAAAUCUAAAAUUUGAUGUCUAAAAGUUAAAUGAUGAAUCAUAAGUACUUGAACAUACUACCAGAAUAUAUAAACCUUCAUACACUAUAGAAUUUAACCGUGAAGGAGAAGUAUUAUUAUAUUCAUGCGAUCCCAUAAAACAUUCAACAGUUUAUUUUAAAUACCCUUACAUAUUAUACGAAGCAGCCAUACCAAUUUUUAUCUGGUCAUGGGUCACUAAUCCUUUAGGAUUAGAUAUUAAUACAGUUAAUUUGCUCUUGAUUUAUCCAAAUAUUGCUUGGAUUCCAAGAAUGUGGUAUUGGAGAUCUUUAUAAUAUAAAAUGUCAAAAUUAUAUCUUUUAAGAGGAGGAAAAGUAAACAAAAAUUUUAAAUAAAAAAAAUAAAAAAUUAAAGGUUGCUAAAAUUGAAACAUCAACUCUUAGUGGAGAAAGAAAUGUUUCUUGGGUCGAAACUUAUUAAUUCAAUCCUCUUACAAAAGAUAUGUAAAAUUUCGACCAUAGAGAUAAUGCUGAUUUCUUAUAAGAAGAAGGACAAUUAAAAUAUGAAUUAGGAAUUUAAUUAGAUCAUGUCUAAGAAUAUGGUGUUACUUCUUAAGAUAUAGUUUAUAAUUUUAUGAAAGAAGGUAUUGUACAUCACCCUGAAUUAUUUGAAGCUGUUUGCAAAGGAUAUAAUAUUGAUACUUCUGAUUUUGUUAUUAAUACAGCAAAUAAUUUACGUACUAGAGAAGGUAAUCAUAACCUUUGAAAAAUAAAAUAAUUUUAUUUAAGGUUUUUUUUUUUUUUUUUUUUA